GCGACAACUGCGUCACAGCGGGUCAGUAACCCGGUGCGCGGUGCGGCAUCUUCACCGCGUGACAGCAGUGCUGCGCCAGCGGAUACCUGCUUUACACAGGAAAGCGCCUUCGAGGCUGGGUCGUUUCUGCAGCAGCGGCAGGCCGCGGGAGAGGACUAUCGAAGUGCUGGUGGUAGCAGUAGAGGGGAUGGUGAAUUUUUAGAUGCGGCUGAACCGGAAGGUGACCAGGAAGUAAUCGUUUCUCCUCUCGGUGAGGUCACCGUUCUGCCUGUCAAUCAGAGCCGGACAGCGUUGUUAGGUGUUUCAUCAUCUGGUUCUGCCUCUGCGAGAAGUAGACUAGUGCCACCAGCACCAACGACAUCAGCGAGGCAGGACACCGCGGAUUGCGGUGAUAAAACCUCUGCUUUGGCAGCGAGCGCAGGAGGUUCGUCGUCUCUUCUUAGCAUUCAAAUUGAGACCGUUGGCGGUGCUUGGAGCCCGGAGGAUGAAGACGAUAUAGCCUCUGACGAACCACCAUCUGGCUGUACGCGGUGGGAUCUCGACGUAGAGCCACCGGCUGCAGCCUUCGCUGUGGCGCAAUCCUCGAGGCUGUGCGAGCCCGAACAAGAAGGCAAAGACAGGGUCAUACCUAAGUCUCAUACGGUGAGGGUUACGAAGUGGGAACUGCAUCUCUAUCUCAUGCGACAAGAUUACCGCAGAUUCUUCCUGGGAGAAGGGUACUAACUUUUAUCUACUCCUUUGCUAUCGCUAUCCCUGUCGACGGAAAUGCACUUUAGCUUGAAACCUUACAGUGCUUUCUGGUUUGAAAAUUGUAAUUAUGAUAUGAAAAUACAAAUAGAAGUUAAUGAAUGCUGUUGUGAUGUUGUACAUUGUCGCGUGGUCCCCAACGACCGACAAAAGAGCAUGAGACAAUAAUUCAAGCAAUAAAUUCGAAGCUAACUUUGACCGCUUUAAAAUCUCAGAGAUAAAGUGCAGGAGCCGACCUUGUUUAGCAUCUACAAUUUGCGCAUCAUCUGGGCGUGGUUGAAUCUGGCAACUUUUGUGGUUUUUGGUUUGCGAUUUGUGAUGCGCCUGCUAACGGCGCGCCAUGUCGAUCCACAGAUGUAUCCAAAGGGAGCAUUUUCCUACCUCGCUUGCCACUGGUCUGCGUGGCUUGAGAUGCUCGUAAUCUUGCCAGGCAUCUUCUUUUCUUUCUUGCAGUCCCAACACACCCGGCGGGACCUAGAAGCGAGGCAUCUUAUUCACGGCACCAAGGAAGUGAUACCUGGUUAUUUUCUUCUGUUCUUCGUCGAUCUGGCGGAUUGCUACUUGAUCCUGCGCGGAAACAGUCCGAAGCUGCUGCUGCAGGUGUACUUGACCAUCUCAAGGCCGUACGGCUACGCCCUUCUUUUACUUGUUGGCGCGUGGGUCACGGUUGCAGGCGGGUACUGGAUCACCGCGAUCGGUCAGGAGAUGGCCCCAUCGAUCGGUUCUAAGUACUCCGACAGCAACCUUCAACCAGAUAAAGAUGCGGCCAACUUCCAUCAGACUAAGUUUCAGUCUAUGGCGGAUGCAAUGUACCACGUUUUCGUCAAUUUUAACGGUGAAUACCCCCUCGGGGCGGACCAUCUCACGUUCUGGAGCCGCUUCUGGGCCUUGACAUCUGUCUUCGUAGGCGUGUUGCUAUUGACGAUCCCGGUUGGCAUUUUCAGUAAGGCGUUACAGAAAGUGAUCGAAGAAGGCCAAAAGGAGCAGGCAGGGGCGUCCAGUCUCGAUGAUCAAGAAGAUCCUGGUGUACUGCCAAAUGGUGCUGCAGGUGGCAGAGUAAUUGACGAAAAUGGCAGAAUGAUUGAUGAACAGCGUCGUGGUCGAGGAGAAGGAGAUGGGGACAACGAUGACUUCAACACUUGUAUGCGGUUUCGUAGGCCUCAAGCAUUCUCAGAUGCCAGUACAAUCGUUCCCGGCGGUCCACCACCUCGAGAGCCUGGCGCCCCCUCCCAGGAAGCGAGUGGCCCUUCACUUGCGCCGACGCAGAGCCCGGAUGCUUCUCUUUCCGUGAACGGUGUCUCUGCUUCAGUAUUAUCUGGACAAGCAGGAGGUCUGCACCCUGAUGUCGCAGGCUCGCCGCUCUCUGCAGGAACACUGCCUUCUACAGUGGGCGACACAAAUAUCAGCGUGGCUGUUGCGCCAGGAGGUUUGGUGAAUUCUUCGAUGGCGCAGACAGCUAGUACAGAUAUGCCGGAGGGCGCGCGGGCAGUGACAGCACUCUACGAGGACCUACUCAUCACAGAAGAGGAGGAACGCGUGUCACCUCGAGAAGGGGAUCUGCAAGACGAAACGGCGCUUCGACUACUCCCACGUAUAGUGGAGGGGCGUCGAAUGUUUCGAGACGAUCGGAAUGUUCCUGAGCACACAGGAGAACAGCCCACGAUAGUAGGUGAGAAAAUGGAGACCGUACUGGAGCAAACAGAACGGCUGUGCGCUAUGGAGGAGGAGCGCAUCCUAUUGCAGCAGGAUUACAGCAACAACGACUUGAAUUUGAUGGAGAGUUUUGAAGAACAAGGGGAGUUUCCAGAAAUGGCCACGCUGAGGCCUUUCCGGUUCGGCUGUUGUCAACGAGUGGGUUCGGUUGUUGUGCGCAAAUGGUUCAUUCACGUUGCUGCGCUGCUUGGCGUUGCGUCGAUCGUGAAUUACAUCAUCUUUGACCACUUCCAAGGCGAAGCCUUGUACGUGUACGCCGAGGACGCGGCUCGUGCGCAGCGCAAGUGUAAGUUCUGGAAUUGGAAUUGGCUUUGUGGCAAGGUGGAACGUAGUCACCGGUAUUCGCGGUGGUCGCGCGGGGAGCAGGUCAGUGCUUUACACGGUGAUCACCUCGCCCUCUUUAACACGCUGCUUGCAAUAGAAGGUGCGUGCACGCUGUUUUUUCUGUGCGAAUACAUCCUGCGUAUAAUAGACAACAACUGGCACGAUCGCCUGCUGGCUUGCCGCGUUGCCAGGCGGUUAGAGCUGCCGACGCCACGCUACGAGGUGGAAACCCAGUGUCACUACCUUUUCACCAGUUGGGGGCUUAUAGACCUGCUCAGCUGGCUUCCAUCGACUGUCAUGCUCUCGCUCUUUCUAGUGGAAUCUGCGCAGGGACAUACCUGCGGGGGUGCUGCGGGCGAAAGAACCGGUUGCGUAGAUCUCACAAAAGAUUGGUACAAAUUUUGUAAGUUUUCUCAAGACCAUAAUGUUAUAGUUGCGUAUCCGUGAAUCAAGACCUUUGUUGAAAUUAGCUACAGAAUCUUGAGAUUAUGUAUAGGUGCACAGAAUGAGACAUUCGUUUUUGAGCCUUUCAUCCUGUCGCGAAGAUGUAGGAUAUGAAAACUUGAUUUAGAACAUAAAUGACCACAUCAUUGAGACUGAUCUCGUCCUACUUCUCAGGAUUUGGUAUUUUUAUGGGCUAUGCUGCGUGCGUGCUCUGAAGUGGGAGCGUGUGAUCUACGCCUUUGCCUCCAUUCGCAAGAUUCUCAACGAUUACCUUCUUCUCUACGAGUACUUCUUGGUGUUGAGCUUUAGUUUGAUGGCAAUGUUUUCCGUCAUCAUUCAUGUGACAGAAGCAAACAACCCCGACGCUGACCAGCGAUUCCAAGUUAUGUCGUAUCCGCGGGCACUGUGGAUGGUUGUGCUGACACUUAACGGCGAGUCACCGUGGGCGGACUACACCUACAUGGGUCGUGUAUUGCAUGUGUUGAUGAUGCUUCUAGCUGUUCCUAUCUUUGCAGUUCCUUGUGGUCUGUUCGCAAACGCAUUCCACCGAUACUUAGGCCAGGUGGAGGACACACCUGACGAGGAUGACGGAUACCCAUCAGCGUUUGAGUCCUCGAGUGGCAGUUUCAAGAAUCUCGACGAGGUUGCCGGUGUCGAAAAGGAUUUGCGCAACGGUGCUUCCGACGAUAGGGAUGGCGCACAAGAUAGCGGCGCAGCAAACCUAGAUGAGAGGAGUGGAUAUAACAACAAGAGUGUUGCUUUCCGCGCUGCAGAAGCCACUCGCAGCAGAGCCCAAAUGCGGUCGAUGCGGCAGCACAGCAAUGCCACAAGUGCAAUGAUAGGCCAGAGCGCCACCAACCUCGGGGUGGGACCUGGCAAAGAACGCAAGACGCGCGAUCUAGACGAGCCGCUCGACUACGAAGAGUACCUCGGAGACGAAACAAAGAAGGCGAAUAGACAGCUCAGCAAAGCACCAGCUGACGGACUAAAGUCGUUGCAGCGAGCAUUCAAUAGGUUCGGAUCGCGAUCACGCGUGGUACGUCAAAGUGGCACUUCCAAUUGGAAUCCCGACGCGCCGGUGCCUGGCGGCUCACGAUCGCGAUCAAAGCCUGCAGCGUUCUCGUCCAUGCAAGUAAGUCGAAACCCUCGAAACAACGACGAUGACGACGCAGCAUUAGUGCCUCAGUUCUUGCACGCGGAGAGUGCACCCGCAAGCGCAGGACAUAGCAAAUCUAAGGUAUUUGAUCCGUCCGGUGAUCAGGAGGCAAAGGACGACACACUAGCACCGCUUCUCGGCGCAAGAGGCGAGUCCACAGCAGCUGGGCCGCGGACUUUCGAUGAAGUAUUUGGCAUUGAUGAAGACGACUUAGCUGCUCGUGCGCGACGUAAAUCUAUUGCGGCUUCGAGAGGGGUUCGCAUUGCGGAAUCAGCCACGAUAACCACAUACGAAAAAUCGGGCAUAGACUCUGGAGUGACUGAGUCUCCGGAGUUUGUACCCAAUCGACUUACUGCGGGGACGUUCGAACCCGGUGAAGACGUGAUCGCCGCGGCAACAAGUGGGGGCUUGAAGCUAUCCUCUAGGCGGUCCUCCGUAGACGUGACAGCAGAAGAGUUAGCGGGCGACUGGGAGGGUAUCUUCCCAGGGGAAGCCAAACGUAGGAAUAGCACCCCCACUCCGCGAGAAACCGCGUACAGCUAUAACUUGCCAGAUACGGGAACGACUACCGCAGAAGUGGCCAUGUCGAAGAAAUCGAACUUGAUAACGGGUCUGAAGCGCCGCAUGGAGGAAGAGGAGCAGCGGCGCGCCAAAAUUUAUCCGCCUGCAAGCAAGACUUUUCGGAGGCUUCAUCGCAUUAUCUGGUGCCCGGACCACGUGCUUCUGACGCGGAAGUCAGAACAUUGCUGGGCAACGCUACGCCGUUUUUUCACGCUGCUUGCGUUGCCGUUCCUUUUUUUCAACUCCAUCUACUAUAGCAUGCACCACUGCUGCGCGGUGUGGCACUAUGGAAGGUUAGAGAAUUGGUCAGAGUACGUGAGCACUUUCAGAUUGAAUGAGCGUACUCGGAUCGAGAUGCUGUCGUACCACAAUCACUUACGGCACGUGAUAGAGUUAAUCUCGGUUCGAAGACUAUCUCCGGACACCGCGGGAGGUGCAAAGUGGCAAAUGCAGCAACGCGCUGAAAUCCAGCUAGCUAGCGUUCGUGCUGCUGCUUCGAAUAGUAAUGCAAAUGUCUACGAAUCGGAUCAUGACCAAGCCCCUGCUCCGUCGCCCUCGGGCGCAAGCCCAAGUUUGCUGUCGCAGCUAUCCUUUUCCUCGGCAAGCGGGGGGUCAACAGGUGCUAGCGGGCCGCAGCCGCAGGCCCCACGGCUUUUUCGGUCGUACCCUGCCGCGUUAGAGACGAACGUGAAGCCGCCGGACAUGCUCUUUUUCCAGCGGUUUUUGGUGCAGAACUAUGUAGGAAGCGACGACGCUCUUAUUCAUUGCGAGGGAAAAGACGAUGGUGACGUUGAGCUGGAUGACACGGAGUUCCCUAGUGGCGAGAUCGACCUCGACCACGCCAGACUCACCAUACCCACUUUUUUGCCGCUGUACCUAGGCAGUGAUCCCGAGAUCGACAGAACACUAUUGGAAAAAGGCAAGUACUUAGACUACUUAGACGCGGUGGAGACACGGGCACAAAAACUCUGUAAGGAUAUUGGUGCAGAGUACAAGCCCAACGACGUUGAGUCGCGAGCCAUUACGGAAUUACAGGCGCGCUAUUUGAUAAUAGAGCGGAAGCCGGGCUGGGCAGACAAUGAUCGGGGCGUGCCGUGGUCUGAGAGGCAGCAAUAUCUUGGCGGUCGGCUGGUGUCCAGGUGGCAGGCAUUGGCCGAGUACGACGAGUAUCUCGCAGGCUAUGAAAGCUUUGGCGGUAUUGGCGAACGCGUGCGGACUCAAAGCUGGUACGACUGGGUCCGUCAGACCCUCUUUGGCCGAAACAUGCAGUGGUUUCCAACCUACUUGGUCGCGAUCGAUGUUUUCACUUUCGUGGUUUUUCUGAUAGACUACAUUUUGAUCUUGCUUUCCACUAGCAAGCGUAUGUGGUACCUGACAAGCGUUGCCGGCGUUUGUCAUCUGCUCGGUCUAGUGGGUCUUCUGGGCACGCUUAUAGUGCGCGCUGCGGCUCCGGCAGCUUUCUUCAAUGUGUACGCAGAUCUAGUCUACAAAACGCGAGGAGGCUUCGCCAGCUACUUCAUGCUAGCAUCGCUUAGCUGCAGAAUGUUCAUGGUGGGCUACCUAGACAAUCUUUACCCGAGCAUACGCAUGGUUGCUGAUUGUGUCUGGAGGUACAAUUUAUACACCGUAGAACGCUGAUCGACUUACACAUCUCAAUUCUACCUUACUCUGGUGUUUGAUGCUAACUAGUUUCCCUUUACAAACUAACGCACCCACGAUAAUGCAUAAUUGUGCCUUAUGAAGAAGUAUCUAUUCAUGCUAGGGCUUUUUCUUUUUGUAAAAAAUCCCCAUCUUCAUAACUGAACUACCAGGUAUAAACGGGAGAUGAUCCAGUCAGUUUACAUCGUGAUUGUAGUCUGGUUGUUUGCUUCCGCCACGUUCCAUUUGACGGAAAAGGAGAAUUUCGGGACACAAAAAGACUCUGGCAAGACCUCGACGUGGAGAAGCAUCGACGACCAGGGUGAGGACAAUGAGCUCCGCAGAAAUUUGAAGCCGGUCAAUUACUCUCGAUACUAUACAUUGCUAAACACGUUCCAGCUCGUGAUGAUCCACUUGACGGGGGACUAUCCGAUUACAGAAUACACAAAUGUUGGACGCGUUUGCCAUGUCUUGCUAAUGGCGGCGGCAGCAGGCUUUUUAGCGGUGCCAACAGGUAAAAGUCAGUACUUGACACACAGACAAAGUAAAAUCUCCUUGCUGCACCAAAAAAUGCUUCAGUUUCGCUAAUACGAUAUGAAGUGCGAUAUCUGGAGAUCUUCCAAUGACGUGUUGAGUAGAAACUUUCUCUAGCCCUGAUUCGGACAUUCUUUAUGCUGCCAGGUCUUUUUGUUGCUGUUUACGCGCAACAGUUGAAGUUGACGAGGGCAGCAACGAUGCAUCUUGCUCGACGGUUUGCAGCUGUAAGAUUGCAGCGGCAGUGGCGUGGUGUGCUAGCGCGUCGGAAAUUCAGAAGGCUUAUUCAAACGGCGCGGCGCAAUCGUGACAUCGUCAUGGAAGUGCGACCUAGCUGCUUCGAAAAGUAUUUUUCGAUGAAUUUCACCUUAUUUUUAUUAUGAUUAUUUUUCUCCAAGCUUGUAGUUGUACUUGAUGAAGCUUGCCGGCUAAUUGAAUGGAUUCUAACAAUUCUUCUUACGCCUUGAGUAUUGAGUUGCUAGCCUCCACAAGCUUCGCCCGGCUUCAAGUUUAGCACUUUUCUGCUUCCCACGGGCUACAGCCGCCAGAGUAGAGACAGCCCGCCGGUGGGCUGUUGCACUCUACGAACUGACUACGACACGAGCCGAGUGCCGGCGCUGACCGACUCGGAUGCGUCGACUCAUGGACAGCGGAAGGCGUUGCCUUCGGUUUUUUCAUGGGAUUGCCGGGGGGGGUCUUGCAAAUUCUGAAGAAUUUGCAUGACCCCACGGCAGUCCAACAAAAAAACCAGAAGAGAGCCUCCAGACACGCACAAGAAUCCGCAGGCCCCAACACGCGCAGACGCCGCGUGGUGGCGCCAGGCAAGAACGAGGGGCGACCUUGACGGGCCAAACAAGAAAAAGCAACACAUGGCCGCGCUGCUUGGGUCUCUCUACGCGCCUACAGCUGGCGGGGCUUCUUCCUUGCUUCGUCUGGCGUCUCUGUCUCGUCAGAAACAGAAGGGCGCACUUCGCGGGAGCGUGAGGCGUCGCUGAAGGGCGACGGCGCUCGUCAGGCUGACGCCUUUCGUGUCGUCGGGCUGACGGCUUUCGCCAGGAUGGAGAUUCAUGAUUUUCCAUCGUCAGACUGAUGCACUUCGUCGGACCAGCGCGCUGCGUCGGACCGACGGCCUUCGCCGGGCAGGCCGGCGCCCUUCAGCAGGCGCCUUGGGUCAGGCUGAGGCUUUUCGUUGGGGCGACGUCUCUCGCCAGGCUGACGCCUUAGGUCAGACUGAAGCCUUAGGUCAUCCUUUCAGAAGCGCUUCGCCUGGCCGACAUCCUCCGCCGGACCAAGGCUGCUGCCUUUGGUCAGGUUCCUUCGUGGAUGGCUUUCUUCAGCUUGGUGCUUUUCGUCUGGCUGAUGCACCGACCAGGUGACGCCUCUCGCCAGACUGGCGCACUACUUCGCCAGGCGUCUGCUUUGCGUCGGAACAGCCUGAGCCGGUGGGGCCUCUCUUCGGGCUACGGAUGUCCUUCGUCAGAUUGAACCUGAGCGAAGCCUUUCGUCGGACUGACGUCUUUCGCCAGGCUGACCUCUUUCGUCGGACUGACGUCUUUCGCCACAGGUCUUCUCGAUCGUGAAGGGCCUUCGGCCGCAGGUCUUUCGUCAGUUUUUCUGACAGUCGCAGGUCGUUCGUCAGAGGUCUGUCGUCGCGGGUGUCUUGUCAGCGGUCUUGUCUAUCAAAGGUCUGCGCGUCAGGUGUCCUCGCUCUCUCAGUCAAAGGUCUUUUGUCAGAGGUUUUUCCUCAGAGGUCUCUCGUCUGAAGUCUUUUGCGCGAGGUCUUUUGUCAAAGGUCUUCAGUCAAAGGCCUCUCGCCAAGGGUCUUUUGCCAGAGGUCAUUCGUCAGGUGAUUCUCUUCCGACUUCUCUCCCCAGAUUGCGCCACGCGCACGCACUGGCCCCCCUGUCGGGCAUUUUUCUGGCUUCUUUUCUGGUAGUCUGCCACGGGGCCGCGCCGUAAUUUCCAACAUGAAAACCGUCGGAGACUAUCGGGACUUGAGACCGAGGGGAAGGGGCCGGGGGCUAUGGGCGAUAGCCUCGCGGAAGAGGCUGACGAAUCUCCGGCGGGGUAGGCCGCCGGGGAGUUUUGUGGCGGUGAUCAGUGGGGUGAUUAAUCUAGAUUAAUAACAUAGAGCAAUAAUAAGCUUUUUGCAAUGUUUGAGCACCUUAUGAUAAUUAUAUCACCACUUCCUCUGAGUUUGAAGACAAUCAAACUUCAUCAGGUUUGCCGAGUGGUGUCUUUCCCUCGUCUCGCCACGGCCGUGGCAAGUGACUCGAUGCGGCUACUACUAUCAGUGGAUUAUGAUUGGGCUUCAUCUGUUUGCCUCGAUUCUUGGGAUUGUACUGAGCACAAGGCCUCUGCAGUGGGUCACCGUACCUGAUGAGGACGCUGCGCGUAUUUCUGAUACGUCAUUUACGAGGACCGCCGUCGCGCUGUGGUAUGUUAUUCUCGGGGCGCAGAUACUCUUCUUCGUAGAAUACUUGCUGCGGCUAGUAGCGGCGCGGGCCAUGCCGCAAAUGAACUUCAGCAUGUGGCGCAUGUUCACCAAGAGUGCCAGCUUAUUAGACCUCACGCUCUUUUGCGUUUACAUAGUCGCCAACGUGGUGAUUUACCUCGAUGUCAAAGAUUACACGAACGACCCAGACGCCUUUGAACAGGGUGGGCGUCAGCCGCUGCUGAAGCCAACAAUAAACGAAGCUGGUAGCGACAGAGGAAAACCCGAAGUCCCGAUUUCGAACUGGAUGGAAGCUGUUAUUUGGGUAAUCAUUUUCUGCUGAUUUUCUUCAUGACAGGAAACAAAUAUUCUAACCGACGUGAAUCUGAUUUUUAAGCAACCAAUAAUUUCAUUUUCAAAACUUUCAUCUUCUUCUUGACUGAGUUAUAAUGUUUCUCCCCCGUCCAACAGGAACGAACUGGCAACUUCGUGCUUGUGCUUCAUGUUUGGCGUGUUCUGCAUGGCAUGUUCUUUGCAGACUGGUCCCUACAUGUGUCCGGAUAUCUUGCGACGCAACAGCUGAUGGCGAAUGCCGGCAUUCUUGCGUUGUUCAUUUUCUUGAUUGGGGGCACGAUGUGGUGGCUCUGCGAACGGCACUACCAGAACGAGUUUGACAGUCUGUGGAGUGCCAUUUACGGCGGUUCAAUUUUCCUGUUGUCCGAGUGGUUUGUAUGCGACUUUCAGGUAGCGGGAAAGAUCCUCUGCAUCUUCUAUUGUGUGGCUGGUGUGGGCAUGUUCGGUAUUGCCACGGGUGCCAUCUACGACGGGCUCGGGGAGGGGCUGUCGCAGUUUGUGGAGUACCGACGACAUGUGAAAUGGAGCAUGCUGAAGGAAGAGUAUCAUGCGCGAGAACUGGAAGCGCGCGAACAUGCGAGGCAGAUUCUUGACGGAUCGGAGGCCUACCACGCAGGGGAGCAACGUGCACGCGUUACUCACCUACUCCUCUCGACUAGCGAAGAAGAACAGCAGCCAACGCGUAAACACUAAUGGUUUUGAUUGGCAAGAGCAAAUUAGUUCAUAACAGGCCGCGUUGUAAACAUAAAGACUCUAGUAAAACUUGUAGUUGUACUUACCUGUAUGAUCGUCUACUCGAGAAUACAGCACCAGGUUCUAUGUAUACCAUUCGCAUAAUCCAUCGAUGCCUUCGAUGCAUCUGCUCACUUUUUUCGUUUCUUACCUUACACUAAGGACGACCGCGAUAAAUGGUGAAAAGUGCGCUCAGAAGAAUGUUUGAACGAAGUUUCUGAUGUCCUUUGAGUGCGAAAACUUAAUGACCAGCAUAACUGCGAAAUGGAGGCACACUUCGCACCGAAAUGAAAAAGGCUAAGACUGCUCAUGAUGUUACCCUACACUCGAAGAGUCUACGCUCACGCUACUUAUUUACUCUCCAAGAGCAAAAAUAUACUAUAGGGAUAAUAGGGGUAUUCAAUAGUAUGAAUCAUAUUUAAGGGACACGAACGUGAUGUUCAAUCUCAAUGGUUAUUGUUGUAGUACUAUGUAUUGCUGUGACAGUGUCAUUCAUCACCGAGAAAACACUCACAGAAGUGGAUGCAAAACUGCAGGCAUGUUAGUACACGGUGAUGCCUUUGCACGCUAUCCUACUGGGUGACCGGAAUUGCUCUCCUCCAAUCGCAAAAGAACCUGCGAGACCUCUCUUUCCCAGCGACAAUUCUCCAACGCACAUAUCCCUAUGCCUCAAACUAUAGCCCUCUGAAUGAAUUGACGCCCAAGCCUGACCCCGCCAUAGCUUAUUCCGUGUGCAGCAUUUUUUGUCUUCCGUGACAUCUUUAAUUAAUUGCUGAGUUCGUGUUAGUUAUAGUUUGCAGCUAUGAGUCGUCCGUGUAUGAUCUUCCUAAGUAGCAGGAUCCUUUAGCGUCUCUUUCGCAUAUAAUCUCUCGACGACAUUUGCGUGUUUUAUUACUUUCUGGUUAUUUGAGAGUCGUGUCAUCAAUUCCAUUUCUUGAGCUAGAGAUCGAAGAUACAGAAUCAGAUCCGAACAUAACGAGUCGUGCUUGUACAUGUUUUGCAAGUUGAACAACACAAAUAGGAAAAACCGGUGCUUGGCUCCGACUCGUAUUCGUUAGACUUUAGACAAGUGGCACGACAUGGACAUGUAAUACACUACACUGACUUCGUUAUAUCAAGGUAGAACUGUUGAGUAAGUACUAAAAUUGGCGACACGCACGACAGCGACCCAGCGAAUACCCCCUCACACCAAUUAUUGUCUCGUUUUUCCUAUCGCUAUCCAGAUUAUCCCACACUUCAUGUAGCCCUAAUGACUCAGCGACAACGACCUAGGUACGACGAGGAACAAAACCCCUGGACGGCUUUGUUACCAGAUACAGAUGAAAGAU